AUGUCUUCCGACGAUGGGCACCCCGACGAUGCUGGCCAUGGCCACGAGUUGGCAGAUUGUUCUUACAUGGGCUCCAACGCCCUAAAAGAUGGAUACAUGAAGGGAUGUCCGAUGUGCAACAGUACCAACCAUUUCUACGAUGACUGCAAGCUACUGCCUGCUGGUGGCGACGAGCUACUACAACACCAUAUGGAAUGGCUCGUUCGGCGCCGCCGUCAUAUGCCUCUCAUAUUUACGACCGUUGAUAUCUGGAUUCUCGUCUUGGGUUUCCCAGAGGACGGAUGCGGAUAUCCGUGGUCCCGUUCAUUCACCAGAAGUCUGAGAAAACGACUCCCCAAGACCGGGGCCCCGCACGAUCUCAAAGAAGUCGCCGCAGCUGGUGAUUUGUCUGACAAGUCGACCGAAUCUCUUUCUGAAAUCAAGCGCCGCAUCAACUUUACUAUUACAAGUAAGAGUAACGACUUUCAUCUUGCUACCAACCUGGUGGGACAGAAUUAUACAGCCGAAAAUCAAGUCUGGGAGAACAAUCAAGAUGCCAACGCCGAGUACACUUUAGCUUUCAACAAGAUUGUGCAGCAGAGAAACGAAAAUGUAUAUGACGAUUUCCAGUCGGUACGGCGGCUGAGGGUUUUGUGGACUGGGGCUACAUAUCCAGCAAUCUUUACGAAGGAAAGCAGUGCAUGGGCUCGAGCAUUCGGCGACUUCCUUCUUCACGACAAGCCUGGCGGUGUGGAUGAUGUGACUUUCUUCAGGGAGCUCAGAGAUCAAGCAGCAAGCCGAGCCGCGGGUCAAUCUCAGUCUCCGCCGCCGCAAGAACAAACUUCCAAACAGUCCCUGCCGAAGAGAGAGUCACCACAAAGGGCAGAGUCACCGCCCAGUACACCCAAGACACCGAAACGACAGCCACCGCCCAGACAAGAUUUACCAUCAGACAGCGAGAUGUGUCUGCUUUCUUCUCCGCGGUCUCGCGCUGAAGAGGCAGUGACGAUCUCUACACCGCCACCUACCCAGGAAUCGCAAACGAAGCGAGCAUCACCGAAGCGCAAGCGUCAGGCAGCCAGUCCAGAGCCUCGCACCAGCGAAAGGUUUCCGACAUCUUCAUCAACGCCUCUCCGAGUUCGCCAGCAAAUCUGGGCGGCGCUGUGCCCAGACAGGCAGUGCGUUGGUGGAUACCCCUUUGAGGUUCCCAUACCUCCGAUUGCUCAACUCAAGGCUCAUGUGAUUGACGAUCUGGAGGACAACAACUCGAACGGAAAUUCGGGCAAGCGACUCCCUCUGGCACACUACAUCCACCCCCAUGUCACCAUCAGCAUCACCCAGCGAGAGCGACCCGACGGCGAGACCGUUCACGUACUAGUACUUGGCCUGACUAAGGCGACCUCCAUGCUGCGCUUCUCCCGGCUUGGACUGCUCCAGGCCUACGACAUGGCCGUCUGCUGGGCGUCCAAGGUCGAUAAAGACGGCGUCAGCUUCUCUCUUCGCAGCGCUUUUGACGGCUGCAAUGCAAUGACGGAGAGCUUUGCGGCGGGCGCAAUGCGCAUCAAGGAGAUGGCUGAGCUGGAGAAGCAGAUUGAGAGGCUGGCGCCCCGGUGUUCGCAAUUCGACAUGGUGGUGGAGCGCAUCAAGGACUGGAUGGAAAGGAGCGGAUACAAGACUCAGUAUACGUCUCGAGAGGCUUGGAGCGAUACUCUUCGCAAGUGGUGGGAAGAUGAACAUGAUAAUGUGGGGGGGCUGGAUCGAGAGGAGCUGAAGGAGGCUUGUCUGCAGGCCAUAGAGGCCAAGAUGAAGGAAUGGAAGCAGGAGAAGAAGCGAGCCAUCGAGGAGCCUGACUCUGACCUGGAGAUUAUAGAGUCUGCCCCCAAGAAGAAGGCUCGGUCGCGUUGA